UUUGAAAGAUUUUAUAUAGUCAUACGUUCGCAGCUACUGCUUCAGUUUGGUGGUUAAUCGCGGUGUGCGUACUUCGUAACGCUGUACUCGACUCAGCUAGAGUAUCUUUCACCUAGUAUAUAAGGAAAAAUAUUGUCUCAUUGUAAUCUGUGCCUGCUUCCUGCUUCUCAUAAAAGAUACUAAACAAAAAAAAAUUUUAAAUUGUGUUAUUGGGACGUGGCUAAAGCUCAAAAGUGAAAGAAAGUUAAUAAUAAUUGCAUACAUUGUCGUGAAAAUUAAACCUAUACCGCUGAAGAUGAAGCGCAAAGGAUUUCAGCAGGUUAUUACUCUUUUCUCGGUUAUGGCCAUAUUUUCGGAUUUUCCUGAUAUUGAGGCGGUACGCGUCGCCAGUUCGCAACCGAAGCAACGUGCUAAAGACAGUCAAUCGGACCUCACGCCCUCCGGCUCUUAUUGGCAGCAGCACGUGGCCACACCCAGCAGCUCGACCCCCUUCGAAUCGCCCUUCUAUUCGGCAACACAUGGCCUCGUACAGACCCACCCCUCUUUGAGUGCCGGGCAUCCACGCCCUGUACCUCUGAAUAGUAAUAGUUUGGGGCCAGGAGUGCCUGUGGCAGGGGCUACCAGCGGUAACCCAUCCUUGACCGCUGGUAGUGGCUAUCUAAACUCCCGCGGAAGCCUGCCGAACUCCGCACGUUAUCCAGUCAACAAGAUCACCGGAACCGUAGUUGAGCCCAAUCCAAAGUCUCCAUUCCGUCACUUAGAUUUUUCUACAAGUGCGACUGCUGAACUGCGACGCAAUCCAGCUCUUUCUGCGCCGGACGAAUGUGCUCGUGCUUGUCGCGAAGGCGAACCGCCUAGAAUAUGCUACUAUCACUUUACUUUGGAAUACUACACCGUGCUGGGCGCCGCUUGCCAGGUAUGCACGCCAAACGCAACGAACACUGUUUGGAGUCAUUGCCAAUGUGUCUUAGCUGAUGGCGUUGAGCGUGGAAUACUUACAGCGAAUCGCAUGAUACCUGGACCCAGCAUUCAGGUGUGCGAGAACGAUAAGGUUGUCAUUGACGUGGAGAACCAUAUGGAGGGAAUGGAAGUCACCAUCCAUUGGCACGGUAUAUGGCAACGUGGUUCGCAGUACUAUGAUGGCGUCCCAUUCGUCACUCAGUGCCCAAUUCAGCAAGGUAAUACUUUCCGUUACCAGUGGACAGGAAAUGCUGGCACACACUUUUGGCACGCCCACACAGGCCUUCAGAAACUGGAUGGACUUUACGGAAGCGUUGUCGUACGUCAGCCGCCCUCUAGAGACCCAAACUCGCAUCUAUAUGAUUUCGAUUUGACCACUCACAUUAUGCUUAUCAGCGACUGGUUGCAUGAGGAUGCGGCAGAACGCUAUCCUGGACGUCUGGCCGUCAACACAGGCCAAGAUCCUGAAUCAAUGCUGAUUAAUGGCAAGGGUCAGUUCCGCGACCCCAACACUGGUUUCAUGACCAAUACACCGCUGGAAAUAUUUACUAUUACACCAGGUCGUCGUUACCGUUUCCGUAUGAUAAAUGCGUUUGCCUCCGUCUGUCCGGCUCAAGUGACGAUCGAGGGUCAUGGCAUGACUGUGAUUGCGACUGAUGGUGAACCUGUUCAUCCUGUUGACGUCAACACAAUCAUUUCUUUCUCAGGCGAGCGAUACGAUUUCGUUAUCACUGCGGAUCAGCCCGUAGGUGCAUAUUGGAUACAAUUACGUGGCCUGGGUGAGUGCGGUAUCCGUCGCGCUCAACAGCUUGCCAUUUUGCGAUACGCCCGUGGUCCAUAUCAGCCUGCGUCGGCGCCCCCAACAUACGAUGUAGGAAUACCUCAGGGCGUGGUAAUGAAUCCCUUGGAUGCUCAAUGCAACCGUCAACGGAACGACGCCAUAUGCGUAAGUCAACUGAAAAACGCCCUUGAAAUAGAUCGUGGCAUUUUGGCAGAGAAGCCAGACGUGAAGAUUUUCCUACCGUUCCGAUUCUUUGUAUACCGUGCAGAGGAUCUUUUCCAGCCAAACACAUAUAAUAGAUUUUUGGUGGCACCCACGGGAGAUCAUGUGAUUUCGCUUAUCGACGAAAUCUCCUACCUAUCUGCACCAGCGCCACUCACAUCGCAGUAUAAUGAUAUUAACCCAGAACAAUUCUGCAACGGCGAUAAUCGACCAGCCGACUGUGGUCCGAACUGCAUGUGCACUCAUAAGAUCGAUAUACCGCUUAAUGCUAUUGUGGAAGUUGUUUUGGUGGACGAAGUGCAACAACCAAACUUGUCGCAUCCAUUUCACUUGCACGGAUACGGGUUCAGUGUUAUUGGUAUUGGCCGAUCGCCCGAUUCGUCAGUAAAGAAAAUUAACUUAAAGCACGCGUUAGACUUAGACAGACGGGGACUUUUACACAGACAGUAUAAUUUGCCACCGACUAAGGAUACGAUUGCGGUGCCAAACAAUGGCUAUGUCGUGCUCCGUUUUAGGGCCGACAAUCCCGGCUUUUGGCUUUUUCACUGUCAUUUUCUAUUCCACAUCGUUAUUGGUAUGAAUUUAAUUUUGCAGGUCGGCACUAACGCUGAUCUGCCACCCGUGCCUCCAGGUUUUCCUACAUGUGGCGAUCACACCCCACCCAUACCCAUAAAUUAGGCAAUGCCACAUACAUGCCAGCAACACCCAAAAAGACCAAGUUUAAUGCUGCUGCUCAUCUAACUGAAACACGACACUACAAAAUUAUACAUGUAAACUUUAAACAAACACGACACCUACUGAUUGUAUAGUGUGUACAAACCUUCCAAACAUAUUUGUACGUGUAUAUGAAUGCAGAUACAAAUCUGUAUGUAUGUAUAUAUAAGCACAUUAUCCUAAAAAAAGCACUGCCAGCGUCCAAUUGUAUGAUAAUGCCAACAUUCGGUAAAAUUUUGACUAUUCCUACUUAUUCCCACACUGGUGCAUUAAUUCAUAUAUGUACAUAUGUAUA